CCGACGGCGCCCCCGGCCCCCGCCGGCGCCGCCCCGGCCCCCGGCGCAACAGCAGCCCCCGCGGCCACCAAACCGGAUGACGAGCUGGCGGUGCAGUGGGUGUCCUCACCCAAGGACACCUCCUUCCCCGAGACCAUCCCCGAGGAGAGCUCCAGCACGGAGGAGGAGCACGUCGUCAUCUUCCGGCUGCCAUCACUGCCUGACUCUGCCGACGGGACGAAAGAGAACGCGUCAAUUUUCCAUGCAGACGCGAGUAUCUUCAGGGUGACGCGGACGGGGGCCAAGCCGUCGGCGCCGCUGCUGGACCAGAUCCACAUCGUGAAGGAGACGCGCGGCCACCGGGACCGCGUCAAGCACGCCCAGCGCCUGGGGUCGCUGGAGAGGGACAAGUCGGACAGCAAGGAGGAGCCUCACUCUGGUCACAAGCCGACCAAACCAUCGGUGUCGCCCUCGGCGCCCAAGCUCACGACCGCCCCGAGUGUGAGUCAGCAGUCGACGUCCACGUCGGCGGGGGAGCCGCCGCGCCUGGACCUGUCGGCGGCGACGUUCCUGGACGUGGCCGUGCUGCGCUGCCUCUUCAUCCCUCAGUGGCAGGAGGAGGGCGUGUUCUGGGCGCUCCAGUUCUUGUACCACCGGCUGCGCGACGUGGCCGAGGAGCGCGCCCACCAGCAGCAGCCGCGGCGGCGCUCCAACUCGCUGCCCAUCCCCAAGAUAGAGGUCUCGCUGUACCAGAGCCCCGAGCAGAAGAAGCGCGGCACGGACUCGGCGGGGGACUCGGAGUCCAAGGAGGUCGUCCCCGUCCCGGACGAGAAGGACAAGUCGCACCUGGCGGAGUCAUCGUCGUCCGAUUUGCCGUCCUUCUUUUUUCGGCGAAAGUCGAGCGGCGGGGAGGAGUCAGGCCUGAGCCACUUCCGACGCGCCAGCGAGAAGGUGAAGAAGAAGAUGAAGAUGUCGGACCUGCGCGCCUUUGUCGAGACCAAACUGCUGUCCAAGUCAGAGAAGACUCUGGAGAAGAUCGGUCGCGAAGACGCCAAGGCGAUAGACGAACAGCGCGCGAUCGCGCCGAAGGAGUCCCAUGGCAGCUUGGACGCGGGAGAGGAGGAGUUGUCCCGACCGGGCUCCGCGCAGGCCAGCCCAAUGCAGACGCUUCCAAGCAACCUCGUCAAGGGCAAGAGCAUGCCGAGUCUCAGCUGUUUGCUUGAUGAAAUGAAUGGUGGAGGGUACAUGGGCGAGCUGCAAGUGGACCGGCAGUGCAAGAAAAAGCUCCCCGGGGUGCAGUCUCACUCCAUCCCCAACCCUAUCAUCACCGUCACGGAGCACACUCCCACACCAUCACCAGACUUCCUCCGAAAACAGUCCUGGCAGGGGUCGGUGGACUCCCAGCUCGACCUGCUCAGCCUGCAGGGCCAGGCCCAGGAGCGCAAGCCCAGCCUCGCGCGCAGCCUGACGGACUCCAACAUCACCUACCAGGGCGACGAGAUGCAAGAGGCGCAGGGCGCUGCUUGUUACAUCACCAAGGAGGGCGACAUGGACUACCAGGUCGUGCUCAAGGCGGUGCACGCCGCCUCGAUGCGCGAGGCCCACUGCUGCACGCUCAGGGUGUGCGAGGUGAUCCUCAACCUCCUCGAGCUCUUGGUCGACCUGGGCGUACUCAAGCCCCCAGCGCCCACCGAGACCUCCCCCACCAAGGACACGGUGCCCGGCGCUCCUGGCACGGCCGCGCCCGCGGGGGUCCCCGGGGUGGCCGGGUGCUCCGGCACCGCGGCGGGUCCCUCGACGGGGGCCUCGGUGCCGGUCCACGACCAGGACAGCCAGAACAGCGAUCCCGACUCGGGGGGCAAGGGAAGCGACGGCAAGAAGGGGCCCAACCGCUUCAACACCCCGCACUGCCUAAUGCUCCACACGGUGCUAAGGGUCCUCCGCCACCUUGGCUGUCCGUACGGCUGCGAGGAGGGACAGCGUGGGCCGCCGGCAGACUUCCUGCGUUCGCAGGGCCAGAGCAUCAUGGCCAGGCUGCAGCGGGCCUCGCCGCGACACUUCGGCGCCUUCCUCCGGCAGUUGGUGCACCUGUCGCCGCUGCAGGACGUCAUGGACCUCUUCCACGCCUACGUCGGCUUCUGCGUUGACCCCAGUACGCUCCUGUCCCCGCUCACCGACCAGAAGCGCAGCUGCAGCAAGUCGCCCGACGUGUCUUCGCAGGGAGGCUACGCGACCAACUUCGGCGCGGGGCUGAGCGGCGGCGGCCGCGGCGUGGAGGGCCACAUCAUGUCGGCCGUGUUCAAGGCCCUCGUCACCAGACUCGUCAAGUCCGCCAAGGAGCUCAAGUCCACGGAGAACAUCGCGCUGUUCUGCGACGUCCGCCGCCUCAUGACCUACGUGAAGGAGGCCCACGGCGGCGUGUUCCGCCGCGUCGCCCUGAGCGGCCUGCUGGACUGCGCGAGCCGCCCCAACAGGCGGGAGCCCGCGUCGCAGACCACCCGCGUCAUCAAGCACAUCAACCAGUCCGACCUGGAGCAGCCGAACCAGGGUCUUGAGGCCUGCUACGUCAUCGAGGGCUCGAAAAAAGUGCUGCUCAAGAAGAGGAGCACCUCGUCGACGUGCGCCUUUUUCGGGUCGCAGAGCCUGCUGGAGACGGACGUGUCCGAAGAGGGCCAGACCAAAGCCAGCCAGAGCCCGCUGGGCCCGCUGCGGCGCAAACCGCACACGCUCACGCCCCGCCACAGCGAGCGCAACAUCGGCGGCAUCGCGGAGGGCCUCAGCGCCAUGGGGGGCUUCGGCAUGGCCCCGGGGGGCACCUUCGCCCGCGACAAGGAGAAGGAGAGGUUCAAGAUCGGGGGCUUAGUGAGCUGGUUCCGGCGGGACUACGGCCGCACCGACUCCAUGGACAGCGUGGAGGUUACGGGCAGCGAGAGCGAAGGGCUGGCCUCGCUGGUGCGCCAGGCCUCGCUGCACCGCUCGCUCAGCCGCGGCAUCAACCCGCCGCAGGCGCCGCCGCCGCGCGCCACCAACGUGCUCGUCAAGACGAGGAAGCGGCUCGAGGACCAGUUCAUCAAGCUGGGUCUGGGCAAGGGCAAGAAGAAGGACGGCAGCAUGGAGGACACGCAGGGCUCGUACAUGAGCCGGCGCAGCUCCAUCGACCAGGGCGACCACAGCCGCGAGUCCGAGUUCGUCGUGUUCAAGGAGCGCAAGCUGGUGGCCAUCGAGCCGGUGCGCAUGGGCAUGGCGCGGCUGUCCUUCCUGCUCGAGACGUGCCAGCCGGGCUCCGUCCCGGACAGCCACCUGCUGGCCGCCGUGCUGGACCUGCCGCACGCGCCCGUCGUGGCGCGCGCCUCCAUGCUGCUCGAGUGCUGCUACUUCGUGCACUGCUGCAACAAGGGCCAGUGGCCCGCCUGGAUGAAGCAUAACCUGUCCAUGUUCAGGCCGUCGGGCCCGCUGCCCCGCGACCCCAAGGUGGGCGGGCUCGGCGGCGGGCUGGCGGGCGGGCUGCCCACCGGGCUGCGGCGCACCCACCUGCUGCAGCGCGCCGCCGGCAAGAUGUUCAGCCAGUGGGCCGAGGCCAUCGCCGUGCGCCUCGAGGAGCUGCUGCAGUCGGACAAGAAGAACUACCCGGCCGUGGUGGGCAUCGUGCUGGAGGAGACCAAGCACAAGGAUAUACUCAAGCAAGACGAGGAAGAGGAUUUCCUCGAUGAGGCCAGCGUCAACCUGUACGGCCUGGAGAGCCCGAUGGCGCUGCGACUCGUGGCGUGCAUGCUCCUGCUCGAGAUCACCGCCUUCAUGCGCGAGACGUUCCAGACGCUGCCCAAGGCGUCGCGGGCCUCGCAGCGCGGCGACCGCCCGCCGCCCUGGGAGCGCGUCUACACGGGCCUGGGCGGCCAGAACAACGCGAACCGGCGCUGGAGCAUGGCGCUGUCGUCCAUGGGCCACAGCCAGGCGUCGGCGCAGAGCCUGCAGUCCAUCGCGGGCGACCAGGGAGCCGGCCAGCCGGAGAGGAAGAUCAGCUUCGUGCUCCACGAGCCCGACAACGGCUCCGAGGGCAGCAGCAAGUCCACGGUGACCAUGCAGGGCGAGGAGGGCGUCGAGGAGAAGAAGCGGCGCCUCGGGAGCCACGCGGCGCAGGGCAACCAAGGCCCCCAGGGCGCGAGCAGCGCGGCGGCGGCGGCCCCGGCCACGGGCGGCGCCUCGUCGGGCUCCAGCCGGCCGCACCUGCUGCGGAGGGGCACGACGGCCAACGCCACCUCGGGCUCCUUCAAGCGGCGCAGCCUCAAGCUCCGGCGCCACACCAAGGAGGCCAAGGAGAUCCUGGAGUACGACUUGAGCAGCACGGUGAAGCGAACCGACUCCAUCCAGUCCCGGCGCAAGGUGAGCUCGCUGUCGGAUCGCAGCGACACCUCCGAGCAGGGCGGCGGCGGCGAGGUGAGCGGCGAGGAGUCGCCCGGCAUCCUGAGCGACGACCAGCCGCCCGAGAGCCCCAGCGACAGCAACGACACCGACGACACCCUCACGCACCUGCCCUGGCUCAAGGUGCUCGUGCAGAUCUCCAACUCGUUCAACUUCUUCUGCUCGCAUCAAAACUUCUGCCACCCGUUCUGCUACCGCCGCCACAUGCGCGCCUGUUCGCGGCUCAUCAAGUCCGUCAGGAAGGUGUAUGGCGAGGAGUUCGGCCUCAUGUCCUCCCCCGAGUCGGAGGCGGACAAGCGGGGCGAUGGCGACAAGAAGGAGAGCCGCGGGCGCGGCGGGAGGAAGGUCUCGGACCAGACGAGCACGCAGGCCUCGCCCAUCAGGAGGAAGGAGAGCGACAACAAGCGUGACAAGAUCCGCGACGCCGACUCGCAGGCGGGUCGUUCGACAACGCGUGACUCGUCGCGCGACCUCGCCGACAUCGAGCUCGACGGCGCGGGCUGCGUCAACGGCAAGGCCAACGGCGGCGAGGAGAAGACCAAGGAAGUGCCGCCCAUCCUCAAGUACCUCAAGAACCAGGUGCGGGACGUGUUCCACGCGCCGCUCGCCACGCUCGUUAAGGGCGCAGCCGUCAUGACGGAGGACCAGUUCAUCGAGAUCCUGCCCGUGUCCUGGGAGCUGCUGCUCGAGCACAACCAGGAGGUGGCCGCCACGGCCUCGUCUCUGUUCAUCCUGGCGGCCGUCAAGGCGCCGAGCCACGCAUCCGAGAUCAUGCGUCACGGCCUGCACCACCAGGACCCCGCCGUGCGCAUCAAGUCCAUUCUCAGGUUCCAGGUGCUCUGGAAACUUCGCUACCAGGUUUGGCCGCGUAUGGAGGAGGGCGCGCAGGUCACGUUUAAGGUUCCUCCGCCGGGGAUAGAGUUCACGUUGCCAUCCCCCAAGAUCGGCAUUGAGUCCCUCCCCGUCGUGGACCCGCCGUGGGCGCCGCAGGUCACGUCCAAGGUGGAGGAGGUCACCAUCAGCCAAGAGAGCCACCAGGGCCAGCCCGUUAUCCGUCCAGUCCGCCGCCGGCUGGGCGAGCGCUGCCUCGGCGUCCAGAGCCGGACCUCGGACAGCGGGCAGGGCCACGGCCACGGGGGCCACGGCCACAGCCAGGGCCAGGGUCACGGCCAGGGCCACGGCCAGGGCGCGUCCGCGCGCAGCCACGCCCUGGCGCUGGGCGCCCACACUCACGGCGGCGGCCACGCGGGCCACGCCGUUCACCCCCACGGCAUGGGGCUGCCGACCCGGCUCCGGGGCUACUCCGGAGCCCGGGAGCGCGUGCUCGUGUCCGGGACCAAGACGCGCAAGAAGCAGCAGACGGAGCUCGUCAAGCUGGCGCUGCAGGCGCAGGAGAACAAGCGCCGCGAGGAGCGCGAGAACUUCCUCAUCACCACCAUCCCGGUGACGGUGCAGGCCGCGUACGAGCCGAGCCUCUACCACGCCGUCGAGGACCACGAGGACGCGGACGACGAGCCGGAUCAGCUUCAGGCGAGGAACACCAGCCACCUGAUCCACUCCGCGCACUCGCUCUUCCCGUCGUGCCUCUGCUCCGCCGUCGUGCAGAUCAUCAGCCUGCUCGACGACGCGGCCGUGUCUCCGGACGGCAACGCCGUGUACGAGAUCGCCUACCAGACCAUCUGGAACUGCCUCGUGGAAGACAGCGCGCUGUUCCUGCGGUACGUGCUGGAGCGGCUCACCCGCGACCGCCAGGACGAGAUGUUCAAGCUGCUCCGCCACCUGAUCCGCUUCAUCCCCAAGCUGCCGCAGCAGGCGGCCUUCGCCCUCUACAACUACAUCAUCGGCUACGUCAUGUUCUACGUGCGCUCGCCGCAGGAGGACGGGCAGCGGCUCAUCGGCACGGCGCUCUCCAUCCUGUGGAUGGUGGUGCACAGCGUGCACGGCAUCAUGUUCAAGGACCUCAAGCAGAUCCUGCGCAAGGAGCAGUGCGAUGCGUCGAUCCUGCUCACCGCCAACGUGCCCUCCGCCAAGAAGAUCGUUGUCCACGGACCACAGGAUCCGGAUGCGCCAGGCAUCCCAUCCCAGUUUCCUGUUCAGGAGGACACCCAGUUCUGCCAAAUUCUAAGGGAAUCUCUGGACUUCUUCGGAAUCGAGGAGAGCAAGCAAAAGGAGUUCUUCCUAGUUGACCACAAGACCCAUCAGAUCCACAACCCGUCCUCGUACGUGAGGGACUUCUACUUCUUCAAGCGGUCGCAGUACCCGCAGCUCGAGCUGGUGCACAUGAAGCAGGACGAGGCGUUCGCGGCGCUGCAGCAACAAGAGCUGAUGCACAAGUUUGUUGAGAUCGGCAAGGUUCUCCUCACGUGGGCCAUCCUCAAGAACGUGGACAUGGUGGUGCAGAGGGUCGUGUUCCUUCACGAGGAACUCAUGAAGCUCCCCUCCUUCCCUAGGAAAGCCCUCGAGGCGGAUCUCGACCUGUUCAAGGGUGGCGAGAUCGGGAAGGAAUUACUUGGGCUCGACGUUCUCCACAAGUUUAUGUGGGUACGUUUAAUCGCCCGCAUGUUCGAGGCCAUGGCAGGCAACUUUGCCUACUCUGGCGACAUUCACCUGCUGCUCAAUGUGCUCAACGGGGCAGUCAUUCUACACUCGGAGGACGCGUGCAUCCUGCGAUACGUCAUGGCGACCUACAUCAACGCUGCCUACAACUUCCGCAACAUCUUUUGCUCCAACGGCUACCUCAUGGUUAUCCCCACGCUGCUGCAGCUCUACUCGAGCCACCAGACCAACACCCUGGUCACGCGCACCGUCGAGUACACCGUCAAGCAGUUCUACCUCAUGAACCGCAAGCCUUUCAUUCUGCAGAUGUUUGGCAGCGUGUCCGCCAUUCUGGACACGGACGAGUGCGGCCAGUACGGCGACGCCCACAAGGUGCGUGCAAGCGACCUGUUCAACUUGCUUCUCAGCUUGGAGACUCCCUCUCCCGACCCGCUCAACAUCGCCGAGUUGGUGCACGAGGAGAAGCCCCUCAAGCCCAUCGACUUCUGCUAUCACGACGAGGACGAGAUGGUCAACGUCCUGGACUGCAUCGCGCUGUGCGUCAUGGUGGUCGCCUACGCGGCGGACUCCCUGCGCGGACGGCAGAUGCUGAUCAUCCUGAAUGCCAUCCUGCCCUGCUACCUGCAGCAGAUCCAGCUCUCCACCUACAACAAGGACGGGAAGACCGAGAAGGAAAUCAUAAACCAGGUGGCCGUGGCCAUCAAGACCAUGGUGAACAACUGCGAGGCGCUCGCCAAGCACUACACCGGGCCGCAGAAGUCCAGCCCGGAACACAAGGGCUCUAGCCAGCGGAACUACAGCCGCGGCCCUUACUCCCCGGCCGGCGAGUACGAGGACGACUCGCACUCCAAGUACAUCAGCGACCACAACAAGAGCAAGAUGAACUUCGACAGGGACAUGGAGGACUCGGAGCUGAUGCGCAACGAGUACCGGCGGCCGCGCGACAUCCUGCUCUACAUGGUGGCCGAGUUCCUCACCAAGUGCACGGCGCGGCUGGCGGAGCUCAACAAGAAGCCCGGCGGCGACGGCAAGGCCGUCGAGCUCUUGGACGUCCGCGCGCACAUUCGGCUGGCUGAGGUGGCGCACAGCCUGCUCAAGGUGUCGCCCUACGACCCGGACACGAUGAGCUGCAAGGGCCUGCAGCGCUACAUGACGGAGGUGCUGCCCUGCGCCGACUGGUCCAACGAGGCCAUGCGACCCGCGCUCAUCCUGCUCGUGCGCCGGCUCGACAAGACCUUCAACAAGAUCCACAAGAAGGCGUCCAUCAGGCGCCUCACGGACUGGGAGGCGGCAGCGGGUCUGCUGAAGGGCGUCUACGAGGCCAUGUUUCGGUACAAGUUCAUCGUCCAUAUGGCCAAUCUCAAGACGCUCAUCAACACCUGCCAGUCUCUCAUUAUCGGCGAGCCGCAGCCCGUGGGUAUGCUGGAGACGUUCUCACAGUCCACCUCGGCGCUGCUCAACAAGGUUCCGCCCCCGCAGUUCUGCUCCAUGGUGGUGCGCCUCAUCGCCCUGCAGAUCGUCGUCAUUGGGAAAGAGGUCACUGAACAUGAACGGCAGUGA